GCUGGAGGCGGGACUUCCGGGCUGCUGUUCCGUCAGCUGCCUUCCCGGGCGUCUCCCCGCAACCUCUUCAACUUCUUGUCGGUGACGCGGCGCCCGGGAGCAAUCCGACGGGAUUGGGGUCGAGGGAGCGUAAGCUGCCGAAAAUGGAUGCCCAGAGUUCAGCCAAAGUCAAUGCAAGGAAGAGGAGGAAAGAGGCACCUGGACCCAAUGGGGCAACAGAGGAAGAUGGAAUUCCUUCAAAAGUGCAACGCUAUGCAGUUGGCUUACGGCAGCCAGCUCCUUUUUCUGAUGAAAUUGAAGUUGACCUUAGUAAACCCUAUGUCAGAGUGACUAUGGAAGAAGCCAGGAAAGGAACUCCUUGUGAGCGGCCUGUGAGAGUUUAUGCAGAUGGAAUAUUUGACUUAUUUCACUCUGGUCAUGCCCGGGCUCUGAUGCAAGCAAAGAACCUUUUCCCCAAUACAUACCUCAUCGUGGGAGUCUGCAGUGAUGAGCUAACACACAACUUCAAAGGCUUCACGGUGAUGAAUGAAAAUGAGCGCUAUGAUGCAGUGCAGCACUGCCGUUAUGUGGAUGAGGUGGUGAGGAAUGCCCCCUGGACCCUGACACCCGAGUUCCUGGCAGAACACCAGAUUGACUUUGUGGCCCAUGAUGAUAUUCCUUAUUCUUCUGCUGGGAGUGAUGAUGUUUAUAAGCACAUCAAAGAAGCAGGCAUGUUUGCUCCAACACAGAGGACAGAAGGUAUCUCCACAUCAGACAUCAUCACCCGAAUUGUCCGGGACUAUGAUGUGUAUGCAAGACGGAACCUACAGAGGGGAUACACAGCAAAGGAGCUCAAUGUCAGCUUUAUCAAUGAGAAGAAAUACCACUUGCAGGAGCGAGUUGACAAGGUGAAGAGGAAAGUGAAAGAUGUGGAGGAAAAGUCAAAAGAAUUUGUUCAGAAGGUGGAAGAGAAAAGCAUUGACCUUAUUCAGAAAUGGGAGGAGAAGUCCCGAGAAUUCAUUGGAAGUUUCCUGGAAAUGUUUGGUCCAGAAGGAGCACUAAAACAUAUGCUGAAAGAGGGAAAAGGUCGGAUGCUGCAGGCCAUCAGUCCAAAGCAGAGUCCCAGCAGCAGCCCUACUCGGGAACGCUCCCCCUCUCCCUCCUUCCGAUGGCCCUUCUCUGGCAAGACUUCCCCACCUUCCUCCCCAGCAAAUCUCUCCAGGCACAAGGCUGCAGCUUAUGAUAUCAGCGAGGAUGAAGAAGACUAAUUUUUCAUCCCUCCUUUCCUGUCCCCUCCCUCUAUCUCAUCACCUUCAGAAGCUCUCUGUUGAAUUCCAAAUUGUGAUCCCAACACUAAACUUAAGAACAGCUACAAAGGAAAGGCAAUUGAAGCAAGAGGACCUAGAAAUGGGGGAACAAAAAUAGUCUAUCCUCCAAGAGACAUCAAUCACCCACACCAAGGAGAAGGCUGACUAUAUCUUAGAGGCCUAUUCUGCAUCCAUCACCCUUCCCAAGGUCUUUGUUUUACUGUUAUAUUGAUGUGAUCUUGACAGGGAAAUUGUCAUUUUUAUUUUUAAAAAUUAGUCUUUCAAAUAUAGUAUGUAGAACUAAUUUUUUGCCCCUGAGGAGUGGGCAGAAGGAAGUGGUGUAAUAUGCAGAGGCCUUUUCUUCUUGAUACAGUCAAGUAUUUGCCUUCUGUUCUAAAGCAAAGUGGCUUACCAAGACAUUCAGUUGAUGAGCCAUGCUGGUGGGUAAUUUGGGGGGAAAUGUCAUAAUUUUGAUUUCCUUUAAAAAAGCUAAAAGCUUAUUACAGUCACAAAUCCCCUAAAUAUACUGUUGGCACAUGUGUCAGUGUGGCUGUGGGAAGGAGAUCUGAGCCUAACUUUUCUUACUCCCUGAGGAGUUUCUUAUUGGACCCAAUGGGGUCCAUGAAGACACUGAUGGGGAUGGAACCAGACCUCGAGGCAUCAACUGCAGUUUUUCUGCUGUGUUCAUCUUCUCAGAAAAUUCUGUUGCCCA